GUUGUCAAGCAAAGCGAAUCAAUUUUUACGUAAAAUUUUUAGUUACAAUUAUGAGUGAAUUCAAGUCGCAGCUGCUGUUCAAUGUUAAUCCGAAGCAGCUGAUCUUCUAUGCUCCUUACGAUCGCAAGCAGCGCCGCUUGAUCACCAUACUCAAUCCCACUGCACAGCGUCUGCUCUUCAAGGUGCGCUGCACUACGCCGCUGCACUACAGCGUCAGUCCCAACAGCGGCAGCGUUGCUGCCUACUCCACCGUCGAGAUUAGCGUCACGCUCUCGCACUUUGACUACAACAAUCAAUUGCAUGAGGGGCAUCGCUUCUGUGUGCAGUGUAUGCCCGCUCCGGACGACUGUCUGGCCACGGGCGAGUCGGUGCUGUCGCUGUUCAAGCAGGUGCCGAAUAGAGAGCAACUUAGUGUGCGCAUACCCGUCGAGCUGCAGCCCACGCCCAUUGGCAUUGAAAAUCUGGACCUCGACUGUCUGCUGCUGCAUGAUGUGCAGGAUCUGUUGAACAAUCUGCGACCACUCGGUGGCAACUGCGUGGACAUGUUGCAACAGCUGCCGCACAUGCCGCAGCCAAGUCGCAAGAGCACGAAUCGCUUCAUGUGGCUGCUGUUAAUAGUGUUUCUGGUAUUAACCGCCGCCUCGGGAGUUUAUUAUCGUCAAGAAAUUGAGGAACUUUUUGGAUGGAGCAACUGAAAGUAAUGGACAAGCCACCAAUUGGUCUUCUAUGGCUCACUGUUGCUCUCUCUCUCUCUGUGUUCUCUCUCUGUCUGGCUGUUGUAUGUGCACUACUGUUUAAACAUUAAUUUUCACGCACAUUUGCCACUUAAUCCGCUUUAAUUAAUCAAUAAAUUGUGCAAAACCCUUUUCA